CUCCCGUCUGCUUCCGGAAGCUCAGCUCAAAAUGCUGAACUGCUCCCGGGAAGGGGCUGGUGCAGUGGUAGUUGGAGUCUGUUCUCGGGCCUGAGCCUCGAGGCCAGGCUCCUGGGUGUCGUUAAUGUUCGGGGCCGCCGGGCGCCAACCGAUCGGAGCUCCAGCCGCCGGGAACAGCUGGCAUUUCAGUCGAACCAUGGAAGAGCUGGUUCAUGAUCUUGUCUCAGCCUUAGAGGAGAGCUCAGAGCAAGCGCGAGGUGGUUUCGCUGAAACGGGAGAUCAUUCUCGAAGCCUGUCCUGCCCUCUGAAACGCCAGGCAAGGAAACGGAGAGGGAGGAAACGGAGGUCCUAUAAUGCCCAUCACCCCUGGGAGACCGGACACUGCUUAAGCGAAGGCUCCGACUCUAGUUUGGAAGAAGCAAGCAGGGACUAUAGAGAGAAUCACAGCAAUAAUAAAAAAGAUCACAGUGACUCUGACGACCAGAUGUUGGUGGCAAAGCGCAGGCCAUCCUCCAACUUAAAUAAUAACGUCCGAGGGAAGAGACCUCUGUGGCACGAGUCCGACUUUGCAGUGGACAGCCUCGGCAACCGGACGCUGCGCCGGCGCAGGAAGGUCAAGCGCAUGGCCGUGGACCUCCCGCAGGACAGUGCCAGCAAACGGCCCAUGAGCCAGCCCCCCGAAGGCUGCAGGGACCAGGACGUGGACAAUGAUAACAGAGCGUACCAAUAUCAAGAGUUCACCAAGAACAAAGUCAAAAAAAGGAGGCUGAAAAUAGCUAGGCAAGGACCAAAAACCCAAGACGAAGGAGUAGUUUUAGAAAGCGAGGAAGUAAGCCAGACCAACAAGGACAAAAUGGACUACGAAGAGCAGAAAGUCUCAGAUGAACUCAUGAGUGAAAGUGAUUCCAGUAGUCUCAGCAGCACUGAUGCUGGUUUGUUUACCAAUGAUGAGGGAAGACAAGGUGAUGAUGAGCAGAGCGACUGGUUUUACGAAAAGGAGUCGGGUGGAGCAUGUGGCAUCACUGGAGUCAUUCCGUGGUGGGAAAAGGAAGACCCAACCGAGCUAGACAAAAAUCUACCCGAUCCUGUCUUUGAAAGUAUCCUAACUGGUUCUUUCCCACUUAUGUCCCAUCCGGGAAGAAGAGGUUUCCAAGCUAGACUCAGUCGCCUUCAUGGAAUGCCUUCCAAGAAUAUUAAAAAAUCCGGAGGGACCCCAACUUCAAUGGCUACAAACUGGACCAGUGAGAUUCCCCUAUAAACCAAAUCUUCUAAUGCUAAUAAAUUAGUUACGUUUUGAACAUCUGGGGAAUGACAUUCGAGGGAACCUGGCUCCUGUCCUCUUCCCCUGGAGGAGUAUCACUGAAGUGAGAGCCUCUUUGAUGAAAAGAUGGGGCUGUUUUUGCUGGAGGACUGGUAUUCUUCCUUUAGUCAGACGUGAACCUGAUGGGGGAGGCUUUCUAGGGAUCUAGGUUGGCCCAGGGUGGGUAGAAACUACUGUACAUUUUAUAUAUUUUUCUCUUUUAUGAUUUUUUUUUUUUUUACAUUGAAACCAUUUGUGUAUCACUUGCUUUGCCAAAAUGCUAACAAAAGCUAGAAAAUGAAAAACUUCCAGAUCUCACAUAAGUAUUCCUUAAUGUUUAUAUUGUGACUGGUUAAGAACUCACUUUUACAUGUCUGACUGUUGUAAAUUAAAAAAACAUGAUGCAUUGACAUUUAUGGUUCAUUUUUAGAGAAAUCUUAUAUAGCCAGCACUAUUUACAAUAUUCGCAUUUUACUCAGGGUAUUUUAACAAGGGCUAACAUGAGUAAUAGGUGAGGUUGAUAAUCUGCUACAGUUUGUAUUUUGUUCAAGUUUGCUUUCUUGACGUGGAUAAUCUGCUCUGUAUUGCACACUCAUUGUAUUUUACAGUGUAGUUUUUAUUGUACUUGGAAAAGUCAUCUUAGUUUUAAUCUAGUCACAGUGAUAAGUAGCCUGUGCUGGUAGAAUCGUUUACUCUUACCUUUUAAAUUAUCUUCUCUGUCUGAUACCUGAAACCAAUCAAAGUGAUCGUUUUGGCUUAGAGCCCGUAUUGAAAUCAUGUGAAAGCUGGUAUUUCAACAAAUACUGUAUGACUCUGAAUCAUGUUGUCAUGUUUAAAAGUGAGAGCUGCUUACAGAUCCUUAGAAUAGAGGUGUAUGUGUCACUGUGAGUGUCAAAAAUACUUGCAUGAGCUCAUUUUCACCAAGCAGAAGCGAACAAUGUAACAUUUCUAAUGACGGUAUAAUUUCGACACUCUACUACAUUCAGGCCAUUUGAGUUCUUCAAAAUGGUUAUAUUAAAAUGAUUAAUAUUUUUAUCCAGUUCCAGUAUCGAUGAAAAUUGUGAUUUAAUACAUGUAUUUUUAUAUUAUUGUAUGGAUUAAUUGUCAAUUCAGCAUUUAAUGUUUAAUUUAAAUAUGAUGAUUGGAAAAGAAACUUAAAGUUGACAUUUUCAUUACCUAAAGUUGUUACAAUCUGAAAGAUUUCAGCAAAUGUAUUAUAAGCGAGACUAUGUGACAUCUUUUAGAUUGCUUGUCUAGACUGGAGAGAUUAAAAGUGAUAAAGUGCAACUUUGAGUCUCUUUACCUUGGCAUAUUUAAAGUGAUAUUUUAGAGGUACAAUAAUGUAGCACUUGGUAAUUGUAAGUAAGUUUUUUUGUGCCAUGUCCUUUGGAGUGAAAAAGUCGUGAUUUUUUUUUUUUUCUGAAUUACAUAAAUGCUUUGAUUUGAUUUUGUAUAAUGAUUGUCUUUUAGAUCUGAAUAAGUCACUUUAAAACCUUGGCCUAUGAACUUUGCCUUACCAAUCAUGAAUCUAGAUGAAUGCUAUCUAGUUCUUGGUUCAGUUUUACCUAUUUUUAUUUUUGGUUCACUGCUUGCUUGAGCGUAGCUGGGAUUUGUAGCCCAUUUUCUAGGCUUAUUGCAAUCUCACUGUGCUAUUUUAUAGAAGCUAUUACAACUGAUAGGCUAGCUUCAUGGUAUUGAUGAUACAUGGCUUAACCAUAGUAAAAGCUGCCUUCCCUCUCUAAAUUGUAAAAAGGUGAUUAAGUUUCACUCGAUGGAGAUAUACUAUAUAUGUGUAUUUAUCAUGGAACUAGUGCAUUAGGCCAAACACUGUUUUCCUGGUCCACGUUUUUUUUGUAUUCAAAAUUUUAGCGAAGCCACUGGGCUCCUUGAGGUUUUCUUUCUUGCAAUCGUAAAUUGUCCUUGUUUGGAUUUUUAAGUACUGUAAUCUUUUCUCUCUCUCUCUCUCUUUUUUUUUUUUUUUUCUUUUUCAAUAAAAUAUCUGACUUGGGCAAGAAAGGUAAGAGUUCCAGUUUGUGCUGAUAUUUUUAAAUUUUGAUGCAAAGUUUGUUGUUGCCGCUGCUCGUACUGUCUGUGUUACAUGUAACAAUCUAGUCUUAAAAAUCAUAAUCUCACAAAACAGUCAUCUUUAACAGUAGCUGUGACAUCCACUAAUAAAAAAUGAACUUUAAUUCCUUAGACCUUCUCAUCGGAAAGCCAGAUUGCUUUUAAGAGAGGUCAGUUUUCUGAGCAAAGCCAGACACGUGCAGCUGCAGCCCCUUAAAGGGAAUGGCAGCAAAGCAUUUCUCUUCUUAAACAGAUGGGUGAUGACUAUGCAAAUAUAGCGAUGAUCUUUGACGGAAAAAUCACAGAAGGAGACUCUUUUACUGAAAUCCUAAUGUAAACAUUUGGGGGGGGGGCAACCUUGACAUCAGUUUUUGCAUCACACACCAUAGUUGUGCUCUAUGAAGUUGUUGGGAAUGCUGACUUAGCAAAGGCCAAACCGUUGCUCCUAAGGGAGAUGCAGGGUUAGGUUCCUGUGAGCCUGUGGUCACGACACGUUCAUCGGCUGAUCAGUGCGUAACCUCGUUUUAUGUAUGUUUGUGUCUCAAAAUACCUGAUUUAAUGUAUAUUGUCGAUCCAUUAACAUUGAACUCAUGACCGACAGCCUUAAAAAUCAUACCUGAGCAAAGCUUAUUGAGCCCAUGUAUUUCCUCCCUAAGCACAUCACAGGCUUCUUGUGCUUUGGAAGGCUAGACAUCACCGCAGCAUCAUGCCUGGGGAGCGUUUAAGCCAGUGAAUCACCAACAAAAGCACACGAAGGGGGAAGGUGGGAAGUGUGGCGCUAAGUAAACCACCCGAAGGACACUUGUUUGUAGUAUCAGAGCUGGAAAAAGGAGGCAGAGACCUCAGUGGAGAAGGCACACAGGCCCCAGGUGACAUGUCGUUCACGCUUUACUCGUGUCCACUCAUCAUGAAAGCACUCUGAGUGUUGAUUUUGCGGUUACAAAUAAACUUUAGUGAGUUUGCAGCUUUGCGUAUCUAGGACCUGCCAAUAGGAGGGUAAGAGUGAGGAUUGACUCCCGUUUUAUAGACGAGCAAAGUUGUAUCGUAAAACGUGUGCAGAGGUUGAAGUCGGACAUUGGUGAAUCCCCGCCCUGGUGCUGCCUUUUACAUGUCGUUGCAGUUUGAACCUCAUUUAUCUUUCUGUUGAAAAGAGACAAGGGUUACCUUGUCGAAGUGUUGUCAGGAUUUAAUGAGAGUAUGUUUUCGUUAUGGGUUCAGCAUCAUCUCUGUCACGUAGUGUGUAUUAAAUAAAUGAUAUCAUACUUUUUAUUAGAUGUCUUAAACCCAGAAGCUUAUAUGUAGAGAACAUUUGUAUCAUGGGUCAAAGUGCAGAAUUUUAGACUUUAAAACUUACCUGUUCAUAUUUUAUGUAUAAAUAUUCUUUUAUAUUUAAUAUUUAAAGUGCUUUAGAUUGCAGCCUUCUUAUCUUUCUUUAUACCUCAUUCAUAUUUGAGCUGGCCCUUGUCUUUACUAUGGUCUGUGAAGAAUAAUUUUGAAUGAAUUUUAGAUUGACAGACACUGCAUUAAAUCUCAAAGCUUAACUGUAAACCUAAAAACAAAACCAAAAAAACCCUGUCCUAAACUUCUCCCUCCCCUCCCCCUUGCAAUUAUUAAACUGUUUAUUUGUAGAAACACCGGAACUAUUUAGGAGGUUUUGGUCCAGAGUUAUCUGAUUCUUAAAAGUCAUUUUACACAAGGAAGAAUACAGACAAAUCCUGAGAAUUUAAUGUUGAAAGGAAUUAACUAUUGCUGUCCUUCUGUUAGAAUAAGGCACUAGUUUCCUGGAAUCGACUAGCCAGCCUCUUACAUUCACCUCUUUAAGGAGAACUAAACAAAUAAUAAUUAAUUCCAAGGAAUAAUAUCCUGGGGCCAUUAUCCAGGAGAUUCAGACGGAAUCUCCUAUAUUUCUAGAAUUUUGCAUCGUGUACAAUUCAGAAUAAUAGUCUUCAGAAUAGUGAUCCAUCCCAGAAUCAGCUUUGGGAUAUUAUACUUGCAAAGUGCAUCCCAUUAGCCAGCCUUAUGCAGAGCGUUGAAGUUUCCCAGGAUGUGCUACCCUGAAGCGUCCUAAUUAAUCAGUGUAUUCUGGAGGUAAGAGAUCUUUAUCUUUUUUGUUGUUGUUAAACUAAUGGUGUUUCUACGGGGUUACAUUUAUCUAAAUUAGCAUUCAAAUUGAGUAGUCGGUUGAAAGAUCAGGAAAUAAAUGGCUCCAUUUAACAUAUAGUACCUGAAAUCCAACAUAAAUAUUACAUGAAGAACUGUACAAUAAGGGUUAUAGUGUCCUGACUUAAGAUUUUAUAGUUGUGUUGGUCCUGUUUUUGGUAUGACUGGAAUGAGAAAACGUACGGUGGUGAUGGUGGUUGUGGUGGUUAUUCUGUCAAAGAAAAUGAAUCUGAUUUUACUGACUUUGUGUUUAAUGCAUAUUGUUUAAAUAUCCAAGAAAGAAAUGCACAUCAAUCCUUAAUCUAAAUUGUCAUGCUGUACCCGUAAGCAUGCUGUUUAUAGUCAGCAACGCAGUGGCUUAUUUUGGUUCAGAAUCUUGAGUCAAUUUGUCCUGUAAGACAAAAGAAAUAUAUUUUUUAUCCUUUUCUGAAGUCGUAGAAGACAGGAUUUCAAGAGUGACAUAUUGAUAAUGACACUAUAGUGAUGUACUCUGCAGGUCUUACUCAACUGUUGUUUUAUUGUUUCUUAGGAUGCUAGACUAGGAAUAUUUAGUCUGAUUUAUAGCCUUUUACCACAGGAGGGUCAUUUAAUGGAUUUGGUUUAAAUAGGGAACUACAUAAACUUUUCUCUUGGCCUAGCCUAAGAUGGAAAAAUUUUACAGAACAAAAACCUAAAAUGAUUUUUAAAAGCAUACCCCGUAUAUGUCCUCGACUCUAAUUUGGCCAUGAGCUAGUUUGUUACCUAAUACUUUUCAAUGGAAUUCAAUAACUAAGUGCUUAAUUAUAAUCUCUGUGAGUUAGUAUUUGUUCAUGUCCUUAAAGCAUUUUUGGAUACUUUGCAGAAUAUUCCAAUAUCUAUUUGGAAAUUUUCAUAUUCGAAAUAUAAAUGGUAUCAUGUAUAUUCUAAUCUAUUACUGUGUAUGUUAAUAAUUUAGUUUUCAUCUUAUCUCAAAGUCAACUUGAGCUCCAGACUUCAUGGUAGAAAUUGAUGUUUUUUCUUAGAAUUUAUUUUGAGAUAAAAUGGAUUUUGUAUCGUAGAAGAGUACUGCUUAAUAGGUUUAUAAUAAGUCUUUCUUUUACAAAAGACAUUUUAACAGGGUCUCUGGUUUGGUUUAAAAUUUUCUAUUUUGAUGUGAUUAUUCACAACUUUAUAUUUCAUGGCAUAUAAACUUAAUACCCAUAAUUGAAAUUUGAAAAUAGGAAUCUCACAAUUUUUAUUCUGUGCCAUUAAAAAUAGUAUCAUAUUAAUAUUGAUAUUUAGUGUUAUUGUAUUCUACUUUAUUAAAAGUAGAAUAGAUAUAUAUAAAUUUAAAUAAUACAGAUAUAUAGGAAUGUAUUCAUUUAUUCAUUCAGCGGGUAUUUGAAUGCUUACUUUUGCUCUAUACAUAGUCUUCAAAAUCUUCCAGGAAAAAUUGCAUGAACAUAUGUUGAAUCUUGGUAUUUUAAUACGACCAAAUUUGGCUGCAUAUACUUUUUUCCCAUAUCUUUAAAAUACUUGUGCUUGCUUCUCUUGUAACUUAUUGUUAGAGUGCUUUUUGAUUUUAUAUAUUGUUGUUUUGUUUGUGAUGCUUUAGAAAUCUGGCAAAGAGAAUGUUAGUAAUGAUAGCAAGCCCUUAGGAUGAUGCCUGCCACAUGCCAGAUGCUUAUCUAAAUGCCGUUUCUAUAUUUUAGUUCAUUUAAUCCUAUGAACAGCCCUAUAAUGUAGGUUAAUGUUUGCAGUUAAUGCGUUUGAUGUUUUCUUUUUCCUUUGGUAAGCCAAAAUUAAUGCAAUCUGGAAGUUUUUUUCCUUUGUCAGGUUGCUAAUAAAUAAAAACAAAUUCUCUCCAUUAAAAAACAAAACAAAACAAAAAACUUCAUUCCUACAAAAUGCUGUUGGAAGUGUGAGUUCUUUUGAAAUCCUCACGGCAUUCUUUGCUAUCUUGGAUAGCGAGCACAAUCAAGGUGUGUGCCAUGAUAAAAGUGACGUUUAAAGUCUGCUCCCAUUAGAUCAUCACUGAACCCACAUCCACGAUUUUGAUCCUUCACCUCUGAUACCUUCUUCCUGAUCUUGUGCAUCGUCCCGUUCAGGUCUGCUUCCUUGCUCUCUGUUCCGACUGGCUCUCUCCACCUGCCUGCCUUCCAUGGUUCCUCAUUUUCCCUCCAGCCUUGUACCACGUGCCGAGAACCUGCUGCAUUUCUAUUUCAGUUCAGCAGGGAUGACAUCCUCCCUGUUUCCGUUGCUCCUUUCCUCCUCUUCCUAAUGGAACUUGGCAAAAUUCUGGGUAAACUUCUCCCAGGUGGAAGAUCUUUUAGCUGGGUCUGCAAGUUUGCGUUGGCGCUUCCUAACUCAUUGGGGAUGGAGUUGGCAGACAGAGAAGCAUGGUGAGACAAGGCUUGAAACCGCAUGUAAUAUUCAGGAGGCUGAAUCCAGUGUUGCUGAAGUAUAAGGUAUGCUUGUGUAGAGUGUGCAGUAGACUGGAUUUGGUUGGCAAGUUAGGCAGGAAUUAGAUCAUUUCUGACUUAACAGUUCAUGGGAAUGCAUGCAAACUGAUGUCAUCUCUUGGGGGUUAAGGUGAUGGGAUUUGUCUUUUGAAAGAUCACAUGGACAUUAGGUUAGCGGGUACGUUGGUUGGUUUAAGUGAAGACUGUAUCAGGCGUCUAAAGCUCUCUGUCUGUUCCCCCAGUAUGUGGGAUCCAUAGUGGACUGAUCCCUUUAUUUGACCAGACUUUCUAUUCCGAUCAACCUUUGGGUGGUAUCCAUUCACCCAACAAGUAUUUAAUGAGCCUCUACUAUAUGUCAGAUACUGUUCGAGGCCUUGGGGAUUGCAGUGGUGAACAAGGCAGACAAGGUUCCCUGGAGCUUAUAUUUUAGCGAUUAAAAAUAAACUUGGUGGAGGCAGGAGGGUAAGUACAAAUGGCCAUGGAGAAAAUGAAACAGGGUAUUGGGAUCCGAGCUGGAUCCUUAACCCACAGAGCAAGGCCAGGGAUCAAACCUGUGUCCUCAUGGAUACUAGUCAGAUUCAUUUCCGCUGAGCCACCAUGGGAACUCCAACCACAGCUUUUAAAUGUUACUAUAGGAGCACCUGCAAAUGGCAAAAGAAGGACGCAUUUAUUUAUAAAGUACAAUAUUACUUCUGGUGCUUUUGAGUGUUUUUGCUUGUUUUAUUAGAAGAAAAUUUAUGGGUACCAAAUAUUUAUAUACUGUAAUGUAUGUUCUGAAAUGUAAUGCUUUAAUAUCAUAAUAGUUAAUCUGCUUUUAUGCUACAUAAAUAUUGUGCAGGACAACCAGGUUUUUGGGGUUUUUUUAGUACUGUUUUAAAGAUCAUGAAAUGCCAUGCUUCUUUUCAUUUUCUUUCACUUUGGUACUUGCAUACAAAUUCUUGGGUCAUUCACUUUAUUAGUAAAGACAUGACUUAUUUUAAGAUUAAUUUUUUGAGAAAAUGAUUUAUGAACUGUUUAAUGACUGUCCUUAAAAACAUUGAAUUGAAAACAUUUGAGAUUUUUUUAAAUAGUUAUAAAAAUUAUGAUGCUGUCAUUUAAUGUUUUUCUUUUGACUCCUAAGAAGCCUUUGCAAUGUGUUCUGAAAUGCACUUAGAAAUUAAGACGCUGAUUGGUAACUAUUCACCUGCAGAAAUGGAGACUGAAGACCCCUUUCCUUGUUGCUCUUUUUUUUUUUUUUUAUGUGGCAUGAUUUUUAUUGAGAAAUAUAUUAUGCAAAGUUAGGUGUCUAAGUAACAUGAACGUAUACUUUCCGGAAUAACAGAGAAACAAAUGCCUGUGUUCUCAUCACCCGCCUUCAGAAACAGAACAUCCUUCUCCUCUGUGUAUCUCAACCCUCUGACCUUGGAGAUUUCCACAUGCAUCUAUUUCUAAACAAUAGAGUGGCUUUUCUUUUGAUUCUUUAUGUAAGUAGAGUCAUAUUGAUUACCCUUUCAUGGUAUAAUUUUUUUUAUUGAAGUAUAGUUGGUUUACAAUAUUGUGUUCAUUUCAGGUGUGGAAAAUGAUUUAGUUGUGUGUGUGUGUGUGUGUGUGUGUGUGUAUGUGUGAGUAUAUAUGUAUAUAUUCAGAUUAUUCUUCAUUAUGGGUAAUGGAAAUAUGUUACAGGCUCUAAUUCCCUGUGCUACAUGUAGUAAAUCCUUAUUGCUUAUCUCUUUUAUGUAUAGUAGUUUGUAUCUGUUAAUCCCAUACUGUAAUUUAUCCCACCACCUCCCUUUCCUCUUUGGUAACCACUGGUUUGUUUUCUGUCUAAACGUCUGUUUCUGUAUUGCUCUUUAGAUUUCAUUCAUCGUUGCGCUUUAAAAUUAUGGUGACGUUGCCAGCAUUCCUAAUGUUUUUCUUUCUUUCUUUCUUUUUUUUUAAUCAAAAUCAGGGAAACAGAAAUGCUGCAAACAUAUCACUUUCUUUAAAGCUUCCACUCUGGUUUCUUGCCUUUUGUGUUGCCGAUAGAACUAUUCUGAUGAUCUAUAAAACUCCCGUUUUCUCAUUUGCCUUCAGGUGUGUCAGAUAUCUAAUAUCAGAAAAGUUCAAAGUCAGUGAUGGGUAGAACACGUCCACAUAACAUUGAACAGGUGCUUUUUCUAUAUGGAAGUCACCGGCACCUCCUCCAACUGAAGGUCAGUUUGAACAACUGAGAAUUCACAAAAGAAGUCUUAGAAAUAAAAGGAGUCCCCGGUACUCUAGGUAGCAAACAGCAGCCAUCCAUUUGUUCCCUGUCACCCAGGCAAGAAGAUUCCAACAAACUAGAGGUACUUGCCAACAGGUAUUUGUAAAUGUUUUAAGUCAAUAAAACUUGUGAAAUGUUUGUUGUGAAGUCUCACUAGUCUGAAACAUUUACCAGUACUUAGUGGAGGAAUAAAGUGGACGUUUGAUGGUUGGUUCGUAUAGUGAGGAAGUGCUGACUUGUACAGAAUCUUCCUUCUAGAACUUCAUGCUUAAAUCUGAUAACUGCUUGUAAACAAUUGUUGAUUAUAAGAACAUUCAAUGGCAUGCACUUGAUCUUUUUGAGGUCUUUCAGCUUUGACGUUAUUAGAUUUCAUCUCAUCCCAUUUCAUUUACAUGUAUCUUUGAUAGAUUCUUCCUCUUGUCUGCUCCACAAAAAUGUUUUAAAGGGGCAUUUUAUAUUACUUGUUGGAUAAGUGAAUAAGUAUAUGUUACAUCUGACUCAGAAACCUGACGUCUUGUUUGUGUUUUCAGCCGUAGAUUUCUUGGCUCAGUUGUGCGCAGGUGUAACAAAGGCUUGUGACGUCUUCUUUGUGGGAACUGAAGAAGAUGAACAAGGGCUGAAUAACAAAAUGAAUAAGGUGCAUCUUCGCCCCACUCAUCUCACUGUUUGGUUAGUGAUAUAUCCUUCAAUGCAUUGCAAACGGGAGGGAGAGAGAGGAGACCCGACGUUUGCCAAGGGGGACGCUGAUCCUCGGUGAUUUUUCAUUCUUCAAUUAAAACUUUGGCGCCUUUGUCUUCCUCCACUCUUUCCACCUCUAGACGCCUCUGCAUCUCAUGUUUUUCCUUACCUGUCCCAUUCGCCCUUUCUUUUCCAGUUGUCAUCUAUCGCUGCCCUCAUAUAGAUACUCGUAACCUUACUUUAUUUUUCUUUUGGGCCGCACCUACAGCCUGUCGUGCGGAAGUUCCCGGGCCGGGGAUUGAACCCGUGCGCCGCAGCAGCUACCCGAGCCACAGCAAGGACAAGACUGGAUCCUUAACCUGCUGAGCCACGAGGGAACUCUCAUAACCUUACAUUUUGACCAGUCUCCUCCCUGGUCUGCCUUUCUCCUGGUUUUCCUCCAUCGAAUCCAUCUUGCAUGUAAUUUCAAGGAAACAUUUUUAAAACAUGAUUCUGUACCCUAGCCAGAAAAUAGGUGUCGCUGCCUUUAUUCUAAAACUCGGGUUUGUCCCUUCCAGCCUUCACUGCUCUCCUACGGCCUGCGUUGCACUGCCCUCCCUUCCAGGCGGUCUUAGGGUCUCAGCACCCCCACCCUCCUUCAGCUUCCCCUGGGCAGCCACUUCCACCUUCUCUGCCUUUGCUCGCAGCAGCGCACGCCCUCUUCUUCCCACUAGAUUCAUAUCCUUCAAGGAGCAUUUCAGGCUCUACCCCUUUUCUUCAAAGCCUUCCCCGACUGCUCACACUUCAGAGACCCCUCCGUCUUCUGAAAUGCCCUCGAACUUCCCGUCUCUGCCGUUCUCUCACUCACUAAUGGGUGACCUUUCUCUCGUAUACUCUCCCUCGUCUGCUCCUGUCCACACUGAAUCCCCACGUACACGUGGCGCCCCAGCGACAAGAGUCCCGCUUCUAGCACGUGGUGUGUGCCCAAAAGUGUUAUUUUGAAAAUGUUGAUGGAGAUGUGCUGGGUAUUACCUUAUGCUUUUUAGGGCGCUUUCCGCCGCUAGUUGCAGCGCCAGCACAACCCUAAGUAACAUCCUCCCUACCAGUGUUACCAAGUCCUUCGCUGUUUUUCAUUUGUCCUUUUUAUGCACUUCGUGAUGUGAUGCAGAUAAGCUUUCACUUGAGAGGGCCCCGAACAGCUGACCGGAUGCCCAGGGCACAGAUGCUCACCUUUCGCCUGGGGGAUCCUUCCCCGUCAUUGUCCUUAGGGAUUUCCUUUUGAAUUAACCUCAAAUAAGUAAUCCCCUGCCUCCAGGCAUGUGGAGUUGCGGGGGGGGGGGGGGGGGGAAGCUGGUGUUUGACUUUGCGAGCUAACCUUCUCAUUGCAAAGCAGAAUUCUCUUAGUUUUAGUAAACGUUUAUCACGUGACUCAUAGGUAUGGCCCCUUUCUAGUUUAGCAUUCUCUUAUAUAUUUUCUGCUUCUCCUGGGUUAUUGGGGGAGGUAAUAUCACUAUGACUGUGGCUAAGGAUUAGGAUCAGGGUCAGCUUUUUUAAAAGAGAUUUUCCACCAAUUCCCUCUUUGAGGGGUAUCCAGAGCUUCCAAUUUCUGAACCUUUGUGGAAUCUGUUGCUUCAGUCAGCUUUUUUUUUGGUGUUAAAUUUGCCUCUUUUUUCACCCCAUUAUAGUGUAUUACAAUAUUCUGUGAAUUUCUGCUGUAUAACAAAGUGACCCAGUCAUAAAUGUGUGUGUGUGUGUGUGUGUGUGUGUGUGUGUGUGUGUGUGUGUGUGUAUUCUUUUUCUCGCAUUAUCUUCUGUCAUACGUGAUAAUAAGUGGUUCCCUGUGCUCUACAGCAGGAUGUGGUCAGCUUACUUUUUAUUGCCACCCUCUCUGUACCCUCUUGCCAGAGAAAGCUGAGCAGCCAGCUGCGCAUCCCUUUGGUUUUCAUCUUCUGUGCUUUUGUUGACAUAGCUUGUCUGGUGGUGUCUUCUUUCCUCUUCUCUUUGCCCUUGUGGGGAAAAUUCUGUACUGUCACUUUAGUGGGGCUUUGAGAGGGAGCUGAAAUGUAUGAGUUCUGGAAUAUGUUUACUGGGAAGUCCUUUAGAUUUUCAUUUUUUUAAAGUAAUAGAUUCACAGGUUUUAAAAGACAAAUAGGGCAAAAAAUAUCCAGUGGAAAGUCUUUGUCCUAUAUCCAGUUUUUCCCAUACCCAUCUGUGUCAAUACAGCAUCUAUUAAUUUGCACCUUGGUUUUUAAACUUUAAAAAAAUAGCUGAGGGAUUACAAAUUCUACCCAUGUUUUAAUUUGUUUGGCUGCAUACUAUUUUAUUUUAAUAUAUUAAAUAAUUAUAUUGGCUUUUAUUUUGUGUAACUUCCAUGACAGGACAGAAAUAUUUGCUUACUAUUAAUUAUAUGAGCUACCGUUUGUGGUGUUCUUACUAUUUUGCAAAUGGUGGUCUCAUCUCUUUGUGUAUGAUAAUUCAUUUAAUGGUCAAAAAAAAAGCCUACUGAGGUAAAUAUAUUCUCGUCUCCACCUUAGAAGCCAGAAACAGGGACAAGUGGGUUAAAUGACUUAUUCAAGGUCACAGCUAGUAAUUGGUAGUGUCAGGAUUUAAACUCUGGCCCUAUGACUCACUCCCCAAAGACUUAGCCAUCAAGCUAUUAUGCUUCCCCUUCAAGGGUAAAAAUAUAUUUCCACUUAAUUUUUAAUUUGUAAAAAAUUGAAUAGGCGUAGUGGCCCAGUGAAAUAAUACAUCUUAGUCAUAGAGUUUGAUCAAUUUAAUGAAUAUAUUGGAUAAAUAAUGACUCUGUGAUGGGUUGAUCAGGUUGAAUCUACUGGAUUGGAUAUGUUUUAUUCUUCAGUGUAAUAGUUUUCAUCAUGUAAACAUGCCAUCCAUCUCUCUUGUCGACGCUUCUGCUUUCACUUCACGUAUGUUUUCUCCCCCAUCCUCUGAUACCUGUUGAUUUAACAUACAUGGUCCUUGCUGAUAUUUACAGCUUUCCUUUCGCAAAUUGAUUAAAAGGUGCAUUUUUCUGUUACCUGUCAGUUGGGUUUUCCAUAUCCAAAAAGGUUCAUGACAGCAAUGAAUAUUUAAAUGGCACUAGUGAUUUUGCCACGAGCAUCUUUACACACUCUAGCGCCUGUGAUGGAAGUCUUACUGCACUUUCCAUCUUGGGGACUCGUGGAGAUUUUCAGAGAAUUAGCUUUCUGAUGAAGGGUUAUGCAAGAGGUGAAGGAUCUGGCCUUGGCACUGCUGCGGCUCGGGUCGCUACGGUGGUGCACUUUCAGUCCCAAGCCCUGGAACUUCCACAUGCUGGGGAAGAUGUGGCCAAAAGAAGAAAAAAAAAAAAAUCAGAGCCACGUCUUCUGAACCUAUAAAAGAAUAAAAGCCUAUCCUUCUAUCCUUUUGUCUUUACAUAAAGAUUUUUUCAGAAGUUACACCCUUUUCUGUUGAGCUGGAGCUAUAGUGAGUUUGCAUUUUUGAAUGUUAACUUCUGAAAAUACCAUGAGACUGGAAACGUGUACAAGUGGUCCAUUUCAAAAUUCAGUUGCACUCGUGUUUUGUUUUUAUCGUUGAAAUCUUAAGUAGUAAGAUUUUAGUAGUUUCAGUAGUAAGAUUUAGUAAGAUUUUAUUGUUGAAAUCUGAAGUAAAUAAUUUGAUUCAUGCUAUGAAUUUGGCAUCAGCUUCAUUUGUAGUUGUUAACAUGACAACUUUUCCCCAGUCCUGCUUCCUCAUUUAACAUCUUAAAGCUCUGGGGUAGGCCCGGUCUUUGCAACUGUCUGUCUCUAGGAAAGACCAGCUCAUCUAACUCGGUCCUUGAUGAAGCAUCGUCUCAGGGUGAUCCUGUUUCUUCAGAACAAUUGUUGUAUGUAUUGUGUGUAUUACUGACACAUUGAUGACACAUUACUAUAUAUAUCGAUCAGAUGAUUGUUCUGGAAAUGCCUUUCACUUUCCAUUGGAAUGUUCCUUAGAGGUGCAGGCUGUCCAGCUGAGUGGAUACACUUUCUUUCUUCUUACUUUGCCCCUCAGCUCCACGGCGUAGCAGCGUGAAGCCUGCGAAGCCAGGAAGGGUCAAGCAGACCUUAGAUGUGAUAAAGGGCCUUUACAUACACGCAUACACGCGCGCACACACGCGCGCACACACACAACAUACACAUAUUUUCUUUUUAGACUGUCUUACUCCUGGUAGGUGAUUCUUGAGUUCAUUUAGACACUUUGAAGACAUACACUUAUUUUCAUAAUAAUCAUAAUCAUAAACUUCAUUAGAAGGGAAUUAAGAUAUGAAUAUGCAUGAAGAUAUUAGAUGGUCUAACCAUGAAUCUAUGGCAUCAGUAUGUCUUGAGUGAAUUACAGACUUUACCCAUUUCUGGGCCAUUUGUUUUAUAUAUAGAUUAAAUGUAAAUAAUUACUCAUUUGACAGUUACUUUAUUACUUUGAUGUAUCUCAAAGUACCACAGGCAGUUACAGUGUGAUUAUUGUAGUAAUUUGCAUUCAUUAAUAACCCAAAUUAACCUUUCAUAUAAAUUAAAGUUUAAAAAUUGGAAUUUGAUUUUGUUGGAAGACAGUUUUACUUUCAGUGGUUACUUUGGUAUAACAGUAUUGUACUUAACUGAAGUUUUUAAUUAUUUUUAAGCUUACGUGUUAAAUGUGGAAAUGUUUUGUAACUAUUCUAAAUUAUACUUAGAAAUAUUAACUCCUGUAGGUUAAUCAGUUCCUUUCUGUCUUACGUCUCACUUGUAUGAAACAAAAUUACGAAUUCCGUUUUAUGUGUUGGGGGCAACUGUGUGUCCUUUGAUGUAUUAAACUUAAAAUGUGUUUUUGCAUCUACAGAGCCCUUAGCCAGGUACCUAGCACACCUAAAUGUCUAAUAACUGUUUUCCUACGUAACUCUAAUACUUGGUCUUGCAGUAGCAUCUGGUUCAGAUGGAUAGUAAAUGGUUAAACUGCUUAGGAAUUAUUUGCACACUCAUUACAGUUCAUUACCCCAGGGAAUAAAAUUAAAACAUCGUAAUCAUGCUUUAAUCCAUAUUUUUGAUUUUACUUUGUUUUGUUUUUUUAAUAAGGAUUCAGUUUUCCGGUUCAAAGUGAUCUUUACCUGCUCUUCUGGGUUAACACAGUUCUUUGGAAAAGCAGAUCUAUUCUGGCUCUGUAAUGCCUUUUAUUUAAUUUUAUGGUUUUUAUGAUAUCAUAUAUUAGAGAUUGCCAAAAAUAUAGAAAAAUUUUAGAGAACAUUUUUGGAUUUGAUGGAUUACCCCUCUUGAAAGGGAAACAAAACACUAAAUAUUUCUAAUCCCGCAUUAUUUACCGCAUGGGUGGUUAAAUGCUACUUUAAGCCUCAUAAAAUUAAAAGGAAGAAAUCUGCCAACUGUAGCAGGAAUUGGAUUUAGGAAGAGUGGUACAGAGCCAAAAUAUUGCUACAGAAUUAAAUGUCAAAAAUCUUCUUUAAUAGUAGAUAUAUAGUUCACAGUCCCUGGUUAUGAUUAAUACAUUUAAUCUAAAUCACUGAAAGUUGCACUCUCCUUUUCCAUAAAAUACAAUAGGACACAAAUCAGUUUUACUGUAGAUGGAUAACAAUUGGAAAAUAAUGCAUCUUCCCGCCCAAUAAAUUGUCAGUUAUACCUUUUAACUAAAAUCAAUUCAUCUUUCCAAAAUUUAUUGCAAUUUCCAAUAAUAAAUCUCUUCAAAUGUUUAUUCAUUUGGUUUUUGAUACAUUUGUGCCACUUUUGCUAUGGUCUAAUGUUUUCUCUUUUGAUUCAUUGUAAAUUAGAAAAUCUAUUUUGAGUCAGUUUUCUAGUUAAGAAGUUAAAAUCUAUAACCUAGCACCUUUUUCACUCUCCAUUGUACAUUUUAAUACCCUUGAACUUGAACUUCAAUGCAAUCCAGUAAAUUCUUUUCAGAAGGAGAUUAAAAGACUUUGCAGUCUAACUUCUUGAGGAAGGGCCAGAUUCAUAAAACAAGCGCUUAGGAGGCUGGCAGGUGAUUGUUAUCAUAGAUUCAUUUUUGAAUAAAAAGUGGGGAGAAGGAGAUAAACAGAGUCUCGCCAUGAUCUCAUGGACCUAUUUGGUACAGAGAAGAGGAAAUGCCCAUUUUGGAUUAGGAUCGGCUGUUAGUCAUAUUGGGAACCUGCUUUUAUUUUCUGCAGUAGCAGUACCCCCAAGGGAAACUCAGUAAUCAGAAGUCUCUUCCUCUUUCAUCUCCAGAUACAUUCUAAAUGUCUGUCUACAAAUGCAUUUUCAGAUUGUUCUCUUUUUUUUUUUGUCUUUUUAGGGCUGCAUCCGCAGCAUAAGGAGGUUCCCAGACUAGGGUUCCAGUCGGAGCUGCGGCUGCCGGCCUACACCACAGCCACAGCAACAUGGGAUCCAAGCCGCAUCUGUGACCUACACCACAGCUCAUGGAAACGCCAGAUCCUUAACCCACUGAGUGAGGCCAGGGAACUAACCCACAUCCUCAUGGAUGCUAGUUGGGUUUGCUAACCACUGAGCCACGAUGGGAACUCCCUCAGGUCGUUCUUUUUCAGUGUUUCCUGAGUGUGAAGUCAGAUCAGUUUUUCACACCCAACUGUGUUUUGGGAUAUACUUGUUAUUGAUUUUUAACUUAAUACAUGAUGCAUAAACAGUUCUCAUUUUUAUACUUUUUUUUUUUUUGGCUGCACCCACAGCAUGUGGAAGUUCCUGGGCUAGGGAUCAAACCCACGCCAUAGCAGUGACCCAAACCACUGCAGUGACAAUGCCAGGUCCUUAACCCUCUGCACCACAAGGGAACUCCUCAUUCUCUAUACUCUUGUUAGACCUAAAGUAGACAUUUCAAAUACUGGAUGAUGAACACUGAUUCUUGUCGUUUUAAUUUGAUGCCUUUGUUCACCCGUUUCUCUGUGACGUCAGAUUGGUACCCCCUUUUUUUCUACUUGCACCUCCUCUGUGCGAUUAUGUAACAUUCAAAAAUGAAAGUGAAAAUCAGUUUCCUUUCCUACAAAUUUAACAAAACUGUUUUCAGCCAGCGUGUCCUGAGGUUUGGUGUUAUGUCAAUACUUUUAAUUUUUUUAUUUUUUUUUUAUUUUUGUCUUUUCUAGGGCCACCCGCCCCGGAGGCAUAUGGAGGUUCCCAGGCUAGGGGUCUAAUCGGAGCUGCCACCGACCUACGCCAGAGCCGCAGCAACACUGGAUCCGAGCCGCAUCUGUGACUUACCCCACAGCUCAGUACUUUUUAUGUCAACUAAAAUUCUGGAAUGGAUUUUUUGGAAUGGAUGCUAUUAGAAAUGAAAGUGACAUUAAUUUGGAUCAUACCUUUAACUCAUUGGUAAAUUUGUGUCAUCGCUAAUACGUACGAUGCCAUGUGAUUAAUUUAGCAGUUAAGAAAGGUAAUUUGUAUAGGCCAGAAUAGCUAAAAUAGAAUUCAUUAAUUGAACUAACUCUUCAAUGAAGAAAACAGAUGUUUUCUAAGGCAAAGAUCAGACAUGAAUUACAGGUCUUACUUGUUCAUCUAAAAAUAGUGCUGCUUUUUUUUUAAAGCUGUGAACUUAUUUAUUUUUUUGAUAUAUGGAUUCUUUAAUAUAAAGUGUGCUACUCAUUUGUACUCACCAAAUUAAUUUCUGUAUUAACAAAUUAGAGAUUUUUAAUAAAUUUAGCUAGCUGUAAACCCUUAAAAGUAAUCUGGCUUAUGUGUACUUCUUAAUUUGAUUUUCACAUCACAUUAAAUAUGAGAAUAAAUCAAAUCAUACUCUUUUCAAUAAAAAAUGAUCAAGUGAAAUGCAUAUGCCUUUCUUCUAAAAUACCAGUAAUAGAUUUUAGUGGUGGCUUUAUAAAUACUGGUUUUAUAAGUACUGAUUUCUAUAAAUGCUGGUUAAUACUGGUUGGUAAUACAGAGUCAACUUAUUGCUUAAGUGUUUAGGGUUUUUCUCUAUUACAGUCAGUAAUGAAGACUUUAACAAUAACUGUAAGAUCAGCGUUGUCACCUCGGCAUGGUGGCCUUCGGUUUUGCAAAGGACAACAGGUCAUACCUCCCUUUCCAAAGAGGAAGUUAAGGUUCUAAGAAGACAAGUAACAAGCUGGAACUAAUAAGAGGCAGAGCCUGGGCCGGUUGUCUGAUUCGCCGUCCUGCUUUCCCUUCUGUUCUCUCCACUGGCCUCUGCCUCCUCUCUCUAGUUGACCGUGAAUUCAUCCAAGACACCGAAAUUUUGUUAACGUUUUUGACUCAUAGUUUUACGAAUUGCCAGGUAAACUUUACUGUUUUGGAACUAAGUGAGUGUUUUUAAGAAGGGCCAUUAGUAAUCUGUUUAUUUGUCUGCAGUUGUCUUGCUCAGGGUCUCGGCCACAGACGUAGCCCGACGCGUCUCCGUGUUUCGUGUUUCCUUCUCUGCUUUCUCUCCGUCGUCAUCGCUCCUCGAGUUCUAACCGGUCCUUGUGACCCGCUCGACUUGUAAUGUUAGACCUGGUCGUGUGCCCUUGGUUUACCAGUUUGUCAGUUCCUCUUCUUCCUGUUCUAAGUCUUGGGCAUCCGGCCGUCAACUGAUCUCCCCUCUUCGUGUGCCAGUCCCCCCAGUUGAUGCCUUCUGGAUGCGUCCCCCACUUUCCGUCUUCCGUCAGUUGGCGCCUACUAUUUUUACCCUUGGAAACAUCAUACCUUCCUGUCAGCCCCCGGGGGAAUCUUGCCCAUUCAUCAAAAUGCAUUUUAGUUAAACCCUUAUCUGAAAACUUCCCUGCCCAGAGGCAUCUCUGCUAUCUUUCCAAGUCCCCACUGCCACCACUUCAUUACCCACGGAACCCCGUGUUAGCCACUGCUGGUGUAGUGCCCAUAAAGAGCAUGGCAACGGAAAUCAGAAUAACUUCUCCCAGAUCCAUGAUUGACUGGCCCUGUGACCUUGGAGAUGUCCCUUUUUGAGCUUGCGUUUCCUCACCCCUAAAAUAAGGGCAAUAACAGAUAAGAUGCAAUGAGAUAGGUAACAAGACUUCAUGAACUGCAAAGGCGCUGUUACUCAUUAACUUCAGGAGUCCAAAGCUCAGAUGCCUUGGUGCUGGGGAGGUGGGGGGAGCGGCAGGCAGCUACUAUAGGAACUGCAGAUGCACCUAUGAACCAGCUUGGUGUUAGGGAGGCAGCAGUGCACUAGGAAGGACACUCUAGCUAAAGGUACUCAAAUACAAAACAUUUUAAGAAUUGAUGGCCGGCCAACGAGGGAAAAAAACAAAACUAUUUAGUGGCCAAAUAUGUAUGCCUCCUUGUGUGUCAACUUUCCUGUCCAAGCCUAUGCGGAGUAAAGCAGAUCUGCAUGCCCACAAACCCCUGCAUGGCGCAGGUACUUAAUGGGCUUGGGGAGGGAGCUUGCAGGAAUGGCGACUUCAAUGGGUACGUGAACUUUAAAUGUAUGAUGUGGGAAAUGGGCUGCUUAGGUUUUAAGCUUUUUUCCUCAUCAACAAGCAGGAGGUAGUUAAAAAAAAAAAAAAAUGGAGACAUUAUAUAGGCUAUAGUUUCUCAUUUGGUUCUCUCAUAAAAACUUUCCGAGUGUGCUCUUCACAAUUUUGCCUUAACUCCUUUUCACAUGGUGUUGACCCAGAAGCACUGUUAAGGUCAAUUGCGAGUCCAAGCAUUUUACUGCGAGGAUGUUUCCCUGUCACCUGCACUGGUGAGCUCAGGCAGCCUGAAUAGAGCAGCAAGUGUGAGUCUAGUGCCUUUUCUGUUCAAUAAUUGCUUUUCUUUCUGACCUUUGAGAGUUGGUGGAAGAAAACCCUAGUGCUUGAGAUUCAGGGAUUCUCUUACCUGAGAUCUGGGAAAGAUGUGCUGUUUACUUUCUCAUUCUUAAAGAUUUAAGUACAUCUUAUCCAGCGUGUUAGAAGCCCCUUAUAAAGCUUAGAUUCAGGUACACUUAGUUCUUGUAUUUUUUUUAAAAAAAAAUAUUCAGCCAAUAUUUAAUGAGCAUCUGCUAUCACCAGAUUUUUUUCUUUGAAAGUGUUAUAUAGGCAAAUUGGUAAGCACAAUAAGUGUAUAUGGAUUAAACUGUUUUAUUAAAUGUCAAAGACUUUUAGGUUGGAUAUGUUGGGUUUUUUUUUAAGACUCUAGAUAUGUAUAUGAGGGAUAUACCUAAAUCAAAACAUGUAGAAAGACUUAUUACAGAGGAAUGGGAAAAGAUACAUAAUACAAAUGUAUUUCAUCUAAUGACAUAAUCUUAAAAUAAGUAAAGCCAAAGGUACAGAAUUGCAAUAUGAAGCCAACAAGUGAACAUAGUGGUUUUUUUUUUUAAGUAUCUCACAAAUUAAUCUAUCAGGAGUACGCGUCGUGGCUCAGCGGUUAAUGAAUCUGACUAGCAUCCAUGAGGACACAGGUUUGAUCCCUGGCCUCACUCAGUGGCUUAAGAAUCCAGCGUUGCCGUGAGCUGUGGUGCAGGUGGUAGAUGACGCUUGGAUCCCACAUUGCUGUGGCUGUGGUGUAGGUCAACAGCUGCAGCUCCAACUCAACCCCUAGCCUGGAAACCUCCAUAUGUCAUGGGUGUGGCCCUAAAAAGCAAAAAGAAAAAAGAAAGAAAGAAAAAGAAAGAAAGAAAUUAAUCUGUCAUAACUCAAUUUAGUAAGAAUUUUAAAAAUCCUAAUAUAUAAACUAGAUUAAGAAAUCAAAGUUUAUCUUUAAAAUAAGUAGCAUAAGGCACAUCAUUUUUGUUUUCUAGUUGGCAGUGACAAGAUUGUCAUGGAAAUCUGAUAAAUCGAUUAAAUUACAAAACAAAAUCUUAACAGAAUCUUCUCCUGAUUCUGAACUCAAAAUCCUAUGCUUUACAGCUUUGUCUACCCUUCUAAUUUUCUUUGGAUUGGUACCCUUUUAUUGACCCUUUAAUUCUACUUUACAUUGAUUUUAGAGCAUCUUUUAUUAUUUUUCUUAUCGCUUUUGUUUUUGUUUUCCUACAUGUAGGAAUAUCACUGGGGCAACUUCAUCAAUUUCGUGACAGUCCAUUUAAUAGUUCAUCAAAUCCUCUAAUGAUUACUUGAAUAUGGCUUUUAUAAUUCAAUAAAUCUUCUCAUACUUUGAAAAAAAAAAUCCUAUGCUAGUUUGGCUAGUAGUCUUUUUUAAAAUUUUUUUAUUAAAGUAUAGUUGAUUCACAAUGUUCUGUCAGUUCUUAUAUCUUUAAAAGGAAGUAACAUAGGAGUUCCUGUCGUGGCGCAGUGGUUAACGAAUCUGACUAGGAACCAUGAGGUUGCGGAUUCCAUCCUUGGCCUGGAUCCGGCGUUGCCGUGAGCUAUGGUGUAGGUUGCAGACAUGGCUUGGAUCCUGCGUUGCUGUGGCUCUGGUGUAGGCUGGCGGCUACAGCUCCGACUGGACCCCUAGCCUGGGAACCUCCAUAUGCCACAGGAGCAGCCCUAGAAAAGGCAAAAAGACAAAAAAAAAAAAACAAAUAAAAAAGUGAAAUAAAAGAGAGUAAUAUAGACUUAAUUCAACAUUAAAAUUAAAACCAAAUACCCAAAAGACUCUAAUGUGUCUAUACUCUUUCUCUUCCUCAUUUGCUGGUGAAAUGACCAUCUCUGCAAUGGUGUGAAAAGCUGGUGCCAAACGAUCUUGAUAAAGGAAAAUUAUAUUCCAGGAGACUGACCACAACCAGUGUGCCGUUUUGCAAAAUUAAUUAAGCCAGACGCAAGCUUGGCUGCUGAACUUGGUAAUAGAAACUUGCCUGUAUUAGACUAAUACAAAUAAAUGAAAGUUUCAGUUGUUUGACAUUUAUAAUCUAAGUGGCACAAUGCUUAUGUAAGGAAAGAGAAGUGAAAUCUUUUGACCUCAUUUAACUUCCCUAGAAUAUCUAGUCAGGAAAGGAUGUCUCUUCUAUGAAGUGUAAUUAUUGAGAAUUAUUGAGACAAGUGAAAAACAUGGUCAGCAAAUUGUCUGGCACAAACUUAUUUUUUUAUUUUAAUUUUAUUUUUUUUGGCAGGGGGGCUGCCACACCCGCAGCAUGUGGAAGUUCCCAGGCUAGGGGUCGAAGCAGAGCCAUAGCUGCUGGUCUACAUCACGUCACAGCCCAGCCACAGUAACACCAGAUCCAAGCUGCAUCUGUGACCUACAUGGCAGCUCACGACAACACAGGAUCCUUAAGCCACUGAGUGGGGUCAGGGAUCGAACCUUUGUCCUCAUGGCUGCUAGUCAGGUUCUUCAUCCACUGAGCCACAACAGGAACUCCACAAAUUUAUUUUUUUUUAAUUUCCCUUAGAGAUUUUUUCCAUAUUUCCUUAGCUUCUCUUUUAGAGUGUUUAUUUAUAAGGUAUCUGAUUCUAUUCCAGACUUUUCACUUGCCUAAAUAAUUUUCCUUGUUUAUACAUACAGUUUGCUUUACAGUUUAAUAUACAUGUUAUAUUUUUAAGUUUGGAGACAUUUAGAGCAUUUAGAAUAACUAGAUGUCUUUCCGUCAUCAAGUUCAUUUUAGGUUAGGAGAUUCUUAUUUAAACAUUAAUUAGCAAAAGUACUUGAGUAAUUGUUGUGUGCCAGGCAUCAUUCUUCAUGUUUGAGGAUACAGCCUCAGGCCAGAAGAAACAAAAAUCCCUCUUUGUAGAUCUUGUGUUUUAGCAGACAGCCCCUAUGAUGUGUCAACACUUUCCUGGAUGAGGGAUGUGGAAAGCUGUGGGGUGUGAUUUUGCUCAUGCCCUUAGAAGAGUUACACGCUAGCUACAGAGAGAAAUAUAGAGGAUUACAAUGUAAUGGGCGGAGUUUUGUAAAAGAAGGGCUAAGCGAACACAGAGCUAAGGGUGGCUCACCUAGUUUUAGCAGAACAGCAAGGAAGUGGUCUUACCUGAGGACUGCAAGGUGAGUCCCAGGUGUCCAGGUGAGAUGGACAGAGUUAAUGCAUCUCCCUGACCUCCCGCAGUGAUUCUUCCUAGAGACCCAACUUGAGCGCCAUCUCCCGAAAGUAGUAGGUGGUGUGCAGGUGAAGAAGAGUCGCAUCGACCCUCUGGGCAGAGGGAGAGCACAGCGUUUGCUGGCAGCCAAGGCCCCCGGGCCUUCUAGAGUGGGCCUUGUGGAGCAGGGAGUGGCUUGGAGGGAGCAGGGGAGGUAGGGAGGGCAGGCCUUUGGGCACCUGGAGAUUGACAGUGUGGUGGAGGCAGUCAGGCCCUCUGCAAGAUUUUCAGGUGACUUGAGAGGACAUGUGGUUCACAUCCUUUCACGGUGAAGAAAAACCACUUAUACCACCGAACAAGACCAAAUAAAUUUCGCUUCUCAGAUUUUUAAAUAAUUACUCCCACUUGGAAAGCUUUCUUCUGACCUCUUCCUGGUGUAAUGCCUUGUUCAUAAUUACUCAGUUUUCCUCCUUUAUUGAAAGUGUCCCCCCCAAAAAAUAGCCUUAUGUUGUUUUUCAGUCUGAUUCAUGUAAAAAAUGUCUUUGCGUAAGCGUGAAUUAUAUAUAUGUAUAUAGAUGAAUAUAUUUCAGUUUUGUUUAAAUAUCUACUGUUUGUUUUUGUUUUUUUUUAAUUUUCAUGGUGAGAUGCUUGUUUAACUUGUUAUCUCCAUUAAAUUGUCUUGCAUGGGGGUACCAGGGGGUGGAUUUUCUCUUAUAAUAUCAGCUGACAUUAGUUUAUGACUCUUACCUGUCUUAGAAUUCACCAUUUGAGAAGGUUAUAAUCUAUUUCUGUAGUUAUAUCCAGUGAAGAGUAAAGAAGAUAUUACUGAGUGUAAGAUUUGCAAGCUUUUUCAUUUUCUUUUCUUUUCUUUUUCACUCGGUUCAUUUUGAAGGGCAUUUAAUUGUACGACUGGAAUUUUUCUAGGAGUGUCACACAUUGGAUGAUGUCUUAUGGUUCAGUUAAGUUUUAAGAGGUAACGUGCUUCAUUGGACAAACACUUCAGCCUCUUUAAUAAGAUCGUACCAAUAGUCAUAAUGAUAACGUUUGAAAACACAGCGUGUGGCUUAAAAUGUUGUUCCCAUUGAAAUAGCGUCCUAGUGGGUAGACCAGUACUCUUGAUUAUUUUCUUAGGCACGGUCUUAGGAUUCGGUGCUGUUCCGGUAUCAGAACUAAGGAACUGCUGUCAGUCGUCUUUUCCAAUCCAGUCUUUGGCUGUGCUGCUAAGAAGACUCUUAGUUCUCGGCAAAGACUGGCAUUCUUUUCUUCACUGAUUUGUCUUUUCCAUCGCCUUCUGAUUCCUCUCUAUCAACCCUUCUGAGGUCACCACUGAGCUCCUGGCUAAUGACUCUUCAAAGGCUUUCUCCACUUCAUCUUCCUCUCUUACUCCUCAGCUUUUGUCACUUUUGCACCUUCUUGAUAAAAACUUGCAUCUUGGUUUCUCUUUAUUGUCUUAGUCUGCCUCUUGCCCUCUAAUUGCUCCUGUAACUCUCUGCCUGUUUCCCUGGCUUCUCCUUUUUCUACAUCUUAGAUUUUGGGCAUUUGCAUGUUUGUUCUCUGUUUGUUUUGUUUUUAAUCAGAUCUCUUCUCUCUAUACUUUUUUUUAUUUUUUUCCAGUUCUUACCUCCAAGCAGAAGGCAACGAGGUCUUUAUCUUUAGUCCCAUGUACACUCUAGCCCGUUGUGCCAGGUCCUCAUUCCCUCCCAGUACACCUGAGACAUGAAGCCACAUUAUCUCAGUGAAAUGACUCACGUGGGUAGCAGUUCUUAACCUUGGGUAGCUUCGUAGCUCAGCCGCACCACGUCCACAGUGGGGAACAGCAUGGAUAGUUUGAAAACGAUGUCAAGGCAGCUCUGACACACCAUCCACGGCCAUGUCCCUUCUCCUCCUGGUCUUUGCCUUUCCUUUCUCCAUUUUAAAAUUACUCUUUAACCGCCCCCCCCCAAUUUUAUUUCCUUUCUGAUCAUCUCCAUCAGGUUGUUACUCUAGUGAUUUGACUUCAUACGUGAUUAUUUAUUGUUGUCUCUUUUAAAAGCACGCCCAAGUCUUUAAUUGAAGAUGUAGUUUAUGUAAAUGAAUAGUAUUUGCUUUGACCCCAUAUUUAAAAUUGAAUGCAUUGUUGAGUUGAAGGACAGAAAGACAUUGAGGUUUACUCUGUACCAGGUCCUAGAAAUCCAGAGUAAUGCAUUAUACACACCCCUGCUUUCAAGGGGCCUGGGGUCCUUUGGGAUGUACAGAUCAUUGCAUAGCAGAGAAAUGGGUAAGGGCCCCAGUGGGGACAUAAACCACUUCCACCCUUGAGACCAGAAUAAGGAGAAGGAUCACUUCUACCAGGGGACAUCAAAUGGGUGUUUGAGCUUUGCCUUUUAUAAGUCUUUCCACCAAAAAAAAAAAAAAAAAA